AUGUAUCGGACCACAGUGCUGGCUGUUCCGUUUUAUGACUGUGAGACUUGGCCAGUUCGGACAGCGGAACUGAGACGCCUCCAGAUGUUAGACAACCGAUGUCUCAGAACCAUAGGUCGUACGGCCAUUGGGAAAAGAUAUCCAAAACGCCGCUCAAAGCCGGAACGUUGUUUGCAGUACAACUCAGCUAACCUCUUUGAUAGGAACGCGUCUGUGCUGGAGACCCGGCGACAGAUCCCUCUUGGCCGCAAUCACAACUCCACCCGACGCAUCAUCCGACGCCAGGUGAAACUGAAGUACCAUUGCAGACCGAGAAGCUUGGUGGACCCGAAAGGCUGA